AUGAAGAGCAGAUUCUUUAAAAAGUCCUCAUCCUCUUCCAAAAACGAAAAUAUAACUCAAUCGACCUCUUAUGAUUCCCAACUUUGUGACCAACUUCAAAAAUCCUCUUUAAAUAUUAAACAACGUAAAAACACCCUUACAAAUCCAGCUUCAACAGAAACAAUUCAAAGAAAAUCGUCCUCAUUUACUCAAAAAAUUUGUUGUCCUACACCUUCCUCCUCAUCCUCUACUCAAGGAAUUAUUGGUUGUAGUAAUGGAUUGUUUGAAUGUUGUAAUAAUACUUGUACAAGUUUAUUUCCAACAGAGAUGCAGCUAAUAGCGGAGGGGAAGCGUGCUUAUUUUGGGAGGAUUAGGAAAGACCUUGGAGAACCAUCAGAAUCAUUAAUUAAUUACUCUCCUACCCUCUCACAUAAGCAACAUUUAAUAGAACAAAGGUUACUACAACAAUAUGGGGUUAAUGUGAGUAACAACAAUACAACAACAAAUAAUUCAAAUAAUAACCAAAUAGCUCAAUUAGUAUUUACAUUAGCCCAACAAUUAAAUAUAAAAGAUUUGGAAAUUUAUAAAUUAAAAAAUAAAUUAAAAAGAAUUGAGAAAAGGGACGAAAAUUUUUUUGAAAAAUUAAAUAAUGAGGUAGAAGUGAAGGAAAAUGAAAUUAGAGAAAAUAAGGAGGAAAUAAAAAGAUUGAGAAGAAAAUUAAAAUAUGCUGAAAUUGAAUUAAAUAUAGCUACUAAUAAUAAUUUUAAAAUGAAUAAUGAAAGGGAUAAGGGUGUAAUGGAAGAAGUGGAAUUUGGUAGGGAGAAGGUAGAAUUUGUAAAAAUAUUAAAACUUCUUUAA